UGCUUACUGCAUUCUACAGCACGGAGUUGUUGUGUUAUAGUACUAUGUCUGGAAGAGGAAAAACCGGUGGUAAGGCACGUGCUAAGGCCAAAACUCGCUCUUCACGGGCCGGUUUGCAGUUCCCCGUCGGUCGUGUUCACAGGCUGCUGAGAAAAGGCAACUAUGCUGAACGUGUGGGCGCUGGUGCACCUGUUUAUCUGGCUGCUGUGCUCGAAUAUCUGACUGCUGAGAUUCUAGAAUUGGCAGGUAAUGCAGCCCGUGACAACAAGAAGACCAGAAUCAUUCCUCGUCAUCUUCAGUUGGCCGUGCGUAAUGACGAGGAGCUCAAUAAGUUGUUGGGUGGUGUGACUAUCGCUCAGGGUGGCGUGUUGCCUAACAUUCAGGCUGUGCUCUUGCCCAAGAAGACCGAGAAACCCGCUAAGAGCAAGUAAACCGCUCGGCGAUUCUUCUCUAAACUCCAACGGCUCUUUUCAGAGCCACC